GAGAGAGAGGGCAAACUUCAAAGCGGCCAUGUGCAUUGAUUGGCUGAGGCUUUUAUAAAGUUGAUUGAUUUGAUUGGCGCACUAUAAUAAACAAUAUUGUAGCUGGAACAUGCAUAACUGUCAGCAGGAGUACUAGUUUUUUCUGCCGUCUACAUUUUAAAAUUAUUUUGGUGAUCUCUCGAUCUCAUUGCCUUUAUAAAAAACCCCACGAUAGUGCAGUAACGGGAGAGAGAGAGAGAGAGAGAGAUCUCGAAGGAAUGGAGAUGGAAGGGAAUGUGUACAGAGCUCAUUGUUUGGUCUUAGCCUAUCCAGCCCAAGGCCACAUCAAUCCCAUGAUGGAGUUCUCCAAGCGUUUGGAGCACAAAGGAGUGAAAGUUACACUGGUAAUUACCAAGUCCAUCUCCCAUACCAUGGAUAAGGAAGCCAACUCUAUUCCGUUCGAGACAAUCUCCGAUGGCUAUGAUGAGGGCGGGGUGGCGGAAGCAGAGAGCAUCCACGCAUAUUUGGAGCGCUUUCGGAGAGUCGGGUCACAAACUCUGACCGAGCUCAUUGAGAAACUUUCUAACUCAGGCUGUCCUGUUGAUUGUGUUGUUUAUGAUCCGUUCCUGCCUUGGGCUCUAGACAUAGCCAAAAAGUUUGGUUUGGUGGGGGCAAUGCUUUUCACUCAAUCUUGUGCUGUUGAUAAUAUAUACUACCAUGUCUACAAAGGAGUACUUAAACUCCCUCUUUCAGAGACUGAAAUUUUUCUUCCUGGAUCGCCACCUCUCCGACCUCAGGAUAUGCCGUCCUUCAUUUAUGAUCUUGGAUCCUACCCGGCUUACUUUGACAUGGUUGUGGGUCAAUUCUCCAACGUUGAUAAGGCUGACUGGGUCCUUGUCAACACAUUUUAUGAGUUGGAGGAAGAGGUGGUGGAUUGGAUGGCAAAGAUCUUUCCAUUGAGGACAAUAGGACCAACCAUACCAUCUAUGUUCCUAGACAAGCGACUUGAAGAUGACAAAGACUAUGGUUUGAGCAUCUUCAAACCGGAAACCGAUGCUUGUAUGAAAUGGUUAAAUGGUCGUCCAAGAGGGUCAGUUGUUUAUGUUUCAUUCGGGAGUUUUGUAGAUUUUCAAGUUGAACAAAUGGAAGAAAUAGCUUGGGGAUUGAGAAUGAGCAACAGAUGCUUCUUGUGGGUUGUUAGGACAUCAGAAGAGGCAAAGCUCCCCAAAAACUUUGUGGAGGAGACGUCUGAGAAGGGAUUGGUGGUUAGUUGGUGUCCUCAGCUGAAGGUGUUAGCUCACGAGGCAGUGGGAUGCUUUGUGACGCAUUGCGGGUGGAACUCUACUUUGGAGGCCCUUAGCUCCGGUGUGCCGAUGGUUGCAAUACCAUAUUGGUCAGACCAGAGCACGAACGCAAAGUAUACUAUGGAUGUUUGGAAGAUGGGAUUGAAAGCUCCGGUUGAUGAGAAAGGGUUGGUCCGGCGAGAAAUAGCAGAACAUUGCAUUAGGGAAAUAAUGGAGGGAGAGAGAGGGGAAGAGAUAAAGAAAAAUGCCUUAAAAUGGAGGAAAUUGGCCAAAGAGGCUGUUGACGAGGGUGGAAGUUCUGAUAAAAACAUUGAAGAAUUUGUAGCCAAAUUGGUUCACUCCUGAGUCCUAAGCUGAGGUUGUUCCUUGGUCUAGUCUGAAUGGUUAUAUAAUAAUUUUGGCUUUUAACAAAUGCAUGCCCUUGUGUUUCUUUUCAAUAAUAUCAUUUGACAUAUGUAUAUUUGCUUUUCGAUAGCUUCCAUCUGGGAUUUGGAUAAAAGAUGAAAAUAACAUCAAAUUAACUUUUAGUAUU